AUGUCCGCUGCCACCGCGAAGAAGCCGCCCGCCGGCGGUGUCGGUCGGGUCUCCUCGACCGAUUCCGCCUCGCCCUCUGCUUCUCCCGCAAGAACACCUUCGAGAUCAUCUACUCCCACCGCCUCCUCCACCGCUCGCAGAGGACCACCUCGCACCACAACCCCAGUCUCUGCUCGUGCCGCUGCCCACGCCAGGAGGGGUUCUACUAUGGACAACAGCAGUAUCACCACCGCCGCCAGCCCCAACGCCGACGCUGAGGAAGCUGCGAGGGCCGAGACCCUUGCGUUGCUCGACGACCUCAAGGACCGCCUCUCCAAGGCUGAAAUCUCCUCUGAGCAGUACAGGAAACAGGCCGAAGUGCUGCAGACGAGGCUGGACGAGGCCCUCAAGGAGUCCGCCAAGCUGGAAGAGAAGGUCCAUGAGGCCGAGGAGCAGAUCGAGACCCUACGCAACGAAAAGCGCGAAAACGGAAGACAGAUGCGCGAGAUGGAGACCAUCUACGAGGCCGAGAGAAGCUCCAUGAACAAGGAGAAGGAGGAAUUUACCAACCGUGAGGAGGAGAUGCAGACCAUCAUUCAAAGGUUGAAAGACACUCUGUCGCAAAGAAUGGAAAACGAGGAGGGCAACAGGUCCUCAAGACAAUCGACAGCAACGUCACCCAACGUCGACAACGGCAGCUUUGCACCCCCGUCAUCACUCAACCGCAGCGAUUCUCGAAACAACUCAAAGCUCAUCCUGCAGAAGGACAAGCUCAUUGAGUCAUUGCGCCUCGAGCUCGCCGAGGCCCAGAUCAAGCUGGUAGAGUCCGAGAACCAAGGUGGCGGACGGCUGCAGGAGGUGGAGCGGCUCCUGAUGGAAGCUCGCAUGGCCAACGCCCGCCUCAUGGAGGACAACGAGAGCUACCAGCUGCUUCUGCAGGAGAAGACCCUGAACGGCGAUUUCUCUAAGAACGACUUCAGCUACAUGGGCGUCUCCGCCAACCAAGAUGCGCUCAACGCCCUCGAGGGCCGCUCUGCAGGUGCGAGCUUGGCUGAUGAGCUGUCCGAGGCGUCAGAUGGCACUGCCGAUAACAGCGAAGUUGUCCGCCGCCUCGAGUCGGAGCUCAAGUCCAUGAAGGACCAGAACAAGGCAUUGACACUCUACAUUAACAAGAUUAUUGAGAGACUUUUGCAGCAUCAGGACUUCGAGCAUAUCCUCGACACCUCAACUGAGGUGAAGCCUCCCUCCGCCAACACGAACAAGGAGCUACCGCUCCCGCCCGCUUCCGGGGCAUCGCUCCUGCAGCGAGCCAAGACCAUGGCCGCAGGCCCGAACAAGCCCAAGCAGAGACCCAUGUCUUACGUACCUUCGGCUCAGCCAGCCAACUCGGCACACACCGAUCCGGAGACGGCGCCUCGCAUUCCUAUCGGCAAUUUGACCCGCUCCUCUAGCACUCGGCGCUCUCGUCCCAUGAGCGAGCAGUUCACCGGCGUGAACCUCGUCAGCCAAAUGUACAAGGGCCCUGAUGGCCCUAUCUCCCCGCCCCUGGGCUCACCUCGUACGCCACGAACCUCACAGACUUUCUUCAACGGUAACCCUAACGCCGCAGCGCGCGCCCCCAGUGGCCAGCAGGCUCCCACGGCUGGCAACUUUCCGGGGAUGCGCAGCGAGACCUCGAGUCUGAGUGGUGACUCGGGCGAACUCACGACGCCCCCGUCGCAAUCCCCCCCGCGUUCCCAUCACGAGAAGGGAACCACCUUCUCCGGCGGCAAUAAGCCUCGCCCACUCCGCCUGGUGCAGGAGAACGCCGAGGCCAAGCAGGAGAACAACAAGCGAUCCAGCUGGAUGGGCUGGGCCUCUGGCUGGGGCAAGAAGGACGAGUCCGCCACGCCCGCCAACGGCGACAUCCCCGAGUAA